AUUUAGCCUGUUCAGCACAGUUCAGGCCCGAUGUCACUCCCGGUCUGCCACUCGCAUGAUUCUCCUCUGGAGCCGGGAAGAACCUCAACCUGAUCGCUUCGGGAGGUGGUCCGGCUGAGAUACUGACGUCUCUUUGGCCCAGAUUCCAGCAUUGGGUUUGGAUCCGGAAUCUCGAGCCGCGGAUAAUCUUCUCCCGCUGCACCACUAACAAAAUAGUAAUAACCAUAGCCGCCAGCAAGAUGCACCUUACAUAGAAAGGGGCAACAGGCGCGAAGGGACGGAAGUACUGGAGGACCGGUGGCUUGCCACUACCCGAGUACCGACCCCGCGGGGACGGAAGCGUCAUAUUAAAGUUUCACCCCAAGACAUUACAUGAUUAUCCUUCCGCCAUUCCUGGAAGCCCAGAUCUCGUCUCCGUCCCUGUUGCAUCUCCACCUUCUCCAAGAUGCACCUGGUCGGGGUGGCACUGGCGGCCCUCGCCAGCCUUGGUGCGAGCGAGUCCCUGCGGCGUCUGGACACGAGCCUGACCAUCUUGAGCAACAAUGAUCUCCAGGCAUCAGCCAGCACAGAGGUCGUGAUCGUCACGGACGCCAAGCUCUACAAGGACGCACCAGACGUGUGCGCCAAGCUGGGCGAGCAGCUCUGGCGGCCUGCGGCGGCAAGGGGCCCGGCGUUCGCGGAAUACCUCCAGUAUGAAGGGAGAGCCAACGCCUCGUCCAGCUUCUGGGCAGCGGCGAGCGCCGGCGUCAAUGCCGUUGACAUGGCCGGACGCCGCCACCGCGGACCGGCUCACGCGCGCUUCCCGGGUCUCUGCACGAAUUCGGCCCCCUUCUCGACCCAGAGCUCGCAGGACACGAGCGCUAGAUGGCAGAUCAGCGUGGAUGUCAACAACCAGACUCUCACAGGAUUCCGGGACCGUCUGUCCUUCCGUUUCCUGGGGAUCCGCUACGCGGCCCAACCGCAGCGGUUCACGUAUUCGACCCUGUUCAGGGGCUCCGGAGAAGCUGCCUCGGCGCUGGAGUACGGGUCCCAAUGCGCUCAGGGGACCGACACGGGGACCGAGGACUGCCUGUUCCUCAACGUGUGGACGCCGUAUCUCCCCAACCCGAACUCGGCCGCUCCCCCAAAAGGGACGCUGCGGCCGGUCGCCUUCUGGAUACACGGCGGCGCCUUCACGGGCGGCACGGCCAACGACGCAACCUUCGACGGCGGCAACAUGGCUUCGCGGGGGGAUAUGGUCGUGGUGGCCAUCAACUACCGCCUGAGCACGCUCGGCUUCCUGGCCCUGCGCGACGGCAAGACCAACGGCAACUUUGGCCUGGCCGACCAGAUCACGGCGCUCGAGUGGGUGCGCGAGCACAUCCACGCCCUGGGCGGCGACAAGAACCGCAUCACCGUCUUCGGCCAGUCCGCGGGCGCCGCCAGCGUGCGCGCCUUGCUCGCCUCCCCCAAGGCCGAGGGCAAGUUCGCGGGCGCCAUCAUGCUCAGCAACCUGGGGGGCAUCAACUACGGCACCACGUACAGCCGGUACUACACCAUCGACGAGCAGGUCGCCGUGGCCGCCGACGCCAUCCUCGCCGCGACCAACUGCACCCAGGACCAGGUCGACUGCCUCCGCGCGCUGCCGCCGCACGCCCUCACCGGUCUGGCCAACCCGGCGCGCUUCCUGGUCGUGGACGGUACCUACCUCACCACGCCCGAACUGCGCCUCACCGGUGGUGGUGGUGGUCCGCCGUCCAACGUCAGCCUGAUGAUGGGCAUCACGCGCGACGACGGCGCGCCCUUCAUCGGCUAUCCCUCCAGCAACAACGACACAACCAGCCUAAACCAAUCCGCCUACCUCGCAUCACACGGCUUUCCCUCCCUGCCGCCCACCACGCUCGACAAACUCUUCCCCGUCCUCCCCACGACGGGCAACGCAACCCUCGACCUGUUCACCUCGGCCGCUCGCGUCGCGACGGACGGCAUCUUCCGCUGCAUCGACCAAGCCACCGUCUAUUCCUCAAUCCAGAGUGGUGGUGGGCGCUUCCCCUCGGUGUAUUACUACGAGUUCAACAGGACCUACCAGCCCGCCGGCUGGCCAGACCUCGACGUCUGUUCGCCCGCCUACAACAAAAAGACGAGUAAAACACACCCGCACGGCGACCCGGUUCAUACGCCAUAUCUGAGAUGUCAUUCCGGCGAGCUGUACUACGUCUUUGGGAACCUGGCCAGACAGGGUCUGCCGGUGCGGGACGAAGGGGACCUGCCGUUUGAGCAAUUCGUGCUGGACUCGUUUGUGAGUUUUAUGAGGAGCGGGGGCGAUCCCAAUCCCGAUCUGGGGUGGUUGCGGGCGAGGGGGUAUGGGAAUACCCUGAGGUUGGUGGUGGAGGGGAAUGUUGAUGGGGAGGGCAGGUGGAAGCCCAGUACCAGGGGAAGGGGUAGGGUGAGGGUGCUGGAUUGGCCGAGGUCGGUGACGGUGCGUGGGUUUACCGAGGGGGAGCAAUGCCGUGCGUUGGGGUUGCCGUUGGAUUAUUAUGAGAGGGCGCGGUAA